CUACAGAGGACAAAAUAAAAAAGCAGACUUUGCGAAAAGCGAAAGGUUUCUUCGUCAACAUGGAAAGAACUUAGUGGAAACUUCUUAAAACUUAGAUUGUCAGAUUAGCAUAACUCACCUUAGCAAGCUCCGAUCUUCGACGAGAUAGUGAGAGGAGUAAAGAGUAACUUUUGGUUCAGAAACAAGUGUCUCUUCUCUCUCUAGUAUCUCCGGUGAUGUCGACGGCGGAGGCGGAUUACGUGAAGGCCAAAACAUCGGUGUGGUGGGAUAUAGAGAAUUGCGAGGUACCCAGAGGUUGGGAUGCGCACGUGAUUGCCUUGAAUGUGAGUUCGUCUUUGUUGAAGAUGAAUUAUUGUGGACCUGUCUCAAUUUCAGCUUAUGGCGAUACCAAUCUCAUCCCUCUCCAUCAUCAACAAGCACUUUCUUCUACUGGUGUUGCGCUUAAUCACAUCCCAGCAGGUGUACUUCUCACAAAACCCAUUUUGUGAUUCGUCGUUGUUUAGAUGCUUUUGUGGUUUUUGUUCUUCUUGGAUUGGGAUUUUGUUUUGUUGAUUUUGUGUGUUUUUUGUUUGAUUUUGGUUAGGUUAUUAGUUAUGUAUUCGUCCUGGAUCUGCAAUUUUAGGUUUUUACUUUCUGUAUGUUGAAUUGGGUUUCUCCAUUUUGAUUUUGGAUACUGUGAUUAUAAAUCUCAGUUUUUAAGUAGUUUUCUAAUUGUGGAAGUAUAUGAUUGGGUUUGUGGUGUUUUGGUGGUUGGAACAGGAGUGAAAGAUGCGAGCGAUAAGAAGAUUCUGGUGGAUAUGUUGUUGUGGGCAAUAGACAACCCUGCGCCAGCGAAUUUAUUGCUAAUCUCUGGUGACAGAGACUUCUCUAACGCUCUCCAUCAGCUAAGAAUGAGGAGGUAUAACAUUCUUUUGGCUCAACCUCCACGAGCCUCUGUGCCGCUUGUUGCUGCUGCCAGAGAUGUUUGGCUCUGGACAGUCCUAGCCUCGGGAGGUCCUCCUCUUACAAGUGUUGAAUCCUCUCUACUCUUUAACAAUGGGGGUUUUCGUGUCUCUAAUAAAGGUGUGUCGAAACUUCCAGUUUCUGAACAAGCUCAGCCUAGCCAACCAACUGGUUCAACUUCUAACGCUGGAGAUACUAAGGAUCAUAAAACCAGAGAAAAGCAUGUUCCAAGAGGAUCACUUCAAGAAAAUAGAAAAAAUAUGCUUCAGCAUAGCAGUGGAGCCACAGGGGAAUCUGCUACUACCUGCAGAAUAUGCAAUGUUGUAUGUGAUAGCUUUGAAAAGUUCACCGCUCACCUUUCAGAUAUAAGGCAUAUAUCUCAGGCUGCCAUUGUAGAAAGUCGCAGAGCUCAGGCCAGCGUUUCAGCCAAACCCAUACAUCAAGCAGUUCUUGUCGAACCUUUGUUGUGCAAAGUUUGCCAGAUCAGCUUUACCAACAAUGAUACAUAUAAAAAUCACACCUAUGGAAAAAAACACCGAAACAAUUUGGAACUGCAAUCAGGUAAGUCCAAAAACAUUUUGGUGGGACCAGCUGAGCCUUCCAAAGAGGUUCUAGAGAAACAUAAUAUGAAUAAGAAGGUGAUGAUUGAGAGUAGAGCUCAGGCAAACGCUGAAUUCGUUUGUCUUAUGUGCAAUGUGGUGUGCCAGAGUCAGAUUGUCUUUAAUUCUCAUCUGCGCGGUAAGAAGCAUGCCAACAUGCUGAGUCAAUCAGAGGCACUCAUUGUUUCUACAAAGCUUCAAGAGAAAGGAGUCGGAGAAAAAGAACAACCAAGUGAAACAGUUGCAGAGCUUCAGUUGCAGUCUCAAAAGGCUCAAGAGAAGCAGGUUCCCAUGGUGAAUCAAUUAGAGGUACUAGUUGAUUCUAAGAAGCUUCCAGAGAAAGGUGAUGAAGUAAAGGGUCAACCAAAAGAAAUGACUGCACUGCGUAAUGCAAGUGCUAAAUACAUUUGUCGUAUGUGCAAUGUGGGGUGCCACAGUCCAAUUGUCUUUGAAACUCAUCUAAGGGGUCAGAAGCACGCUGCCAAUCUGAAUCAAUCAAAGGAUCAGGCACUCAUUGAUUCUAAGAAGCUUCAAGAGAAAGGUUUCGGAGAAAAAGAACAACCAAGAGAAACAAUUGUAGAGCCACAGUUGCAGUCUCAAAACGCUCAAGAGAAUAGCAAGUGUUUCGAAAAGCAUGUUGUCAUGGUGAAUCAAUCAGAGGUACUCAUCAAUGCGAGUAAGCUUGAAGAGAAAGAUGCCCAAGAAAAAGCUCAACCAAUAGAAUCAAUAGCCGAACCUCAGUCGCAGUCUCAAAACACUCAAGAGCAUACCAAAUUCUUUGAGAAGCAAAACGAAGAGUUGAGAAAGAUUUGUGGCACUUUAGAAAGCAGUGUAAAAGAACCUCUUCCAAGUACUAAGGACUGGGUGGAGACUCUUAACAAACAGAUUCCAAAUGGAGAAUUUUUCUUUGGUGACCUAAGAUCUGAUUUUGAAGUACCCAGGGAAGCAAGUGAAUGUUUUGAUGGCAUUGUCAAGCCUGUAAACCUUUCCAAAGGAGAAACUAAGCAUUCAUGGGAGGUAAAGAAGAAGAAAAUCGAGGUGACCGUACGCCAUGCAAGACCAGCUGCAUCUAAACUUUGUCAUCUUUGCGUAGUGAUUUGUGAUAGCCGGGGUUUGUCAACAGUUGUUUGUGAUAACAAAGCUCAUUGGCCGAACCAAAAACAUACUACUGCCGCCUUUGUAGCCAGCAAUGGUUCUCAGUCCAGCGUUUCAACCAAUCCUUUGAAGGAACCAGAGGGUUUGCAGCCCGUGUGGUGCCAAGUCUGCCAGAUCAGCUGCAACAGCAAGGUUGCAUUUGCAAGUCACACAUAUGGGAAAAAACACCGACAGAACUUGGAAUCACAAUCAGCCAAGAACGAAACUAUGUCUACUGGACCAGGCAAGCUUUCUAAAGAUUAUGGAGAAAAAACGAAGAAAGUAUCAUGCAAAAACCAAACCACAUUUGAUUCUCAACUGAAGAGUCAGAACCAUUAUACCAUGGCGAAGGAGCUUGUAGAGAAGGCAUUUGUCUCCGCAUUUGAGCAUGUCUCCGCAUUGGAGCAGUUCAGUAUUGUUGACUCAAGGACAAUCCGAGAAGACACCGACCAAGAAAAAGAAGCAACAAAGGAGCAGACACUUGUAAAGAUGGAUGGUAAUGGGUUUCGAGGGGCACCAGAAGAUAAAGUGGAAUUGAACCAAGAAAAACAUAGAGAAGCACUGGAGCAGUUCAGUAUUGACUCAAGGAUAAUCCGAGAAGAAACCGAUCAAGAAAAAGAAGCAACAGAGGAGCAGACACUUGUAAAGAUGGAUGAUCUUGGGUUUCGAGGGGCACCAGAAGAUAAAGUGGAACUGAAGGAGAGACACACCGUAUCUGAGAACUUGGUGCACCGUGUCUUCACUGAACAGAAUCGAGAGUCUAGAAUACCCAAUGAACCGAGAGGAUGUUUAGAUGUGAUUCCUGAGAGAGUAAAACUGCCACCAAACGUGAAUGUGGCCAAGAAUUUGGAAGAUGAGCAGAAGCAUAAACCCGAACCAAAAGCACAGGAAGCCGAAAACAAGUCUGGAGGACGCAAGGAUCUUCCUGGAGAGGCUGCCAAAAGGGAAGAGAUUAAGGGCCAAGCUGAUAACUUUUGGACUCGCCUUUGGGGGAAAAAAUAUUAAAAUAAUGUGAAUUGUUAAUUCAUGUUUAAGUUGUCAACAAUGGAUGUUUUCUUUUGAAUGGCAGAUUAACGUUUUAUUUUGGAUUGGCUUUUGCUUAUUUCUUACUGUUGUUUCUUAUAUAUAAACUUUACCUCUUAAAAAAGAUUCAAGAACAAUAGAAUUUAGGC